GACACACUCAGAAGAGCAAAGGAGACCAGUGGACUGGACCAACGCAAGAGUUGGGAGGAGAGGGAUAGGAAGAAAGAAACUGGGAAAGCCAGAACCAGGGGGUGGCUAGUGAUCUACACAAAGGGCAGGAGUGCUUGCCAGUCCCUAGAGAACACCCUAUUGCCCCAAACAUCAAGACAUCUGUAACCUGAUGCAUGCAGCCUGGUUUUUGGGAGCCUUGGUUAUCUCCCAGCUCUUGGGCUUUGGCCAUGGGGCUCGGGAAGCUGAGAGGGAAUGGGAGGGAGGCUGGGGAGGCACCCUGGAGGAGGAGCAGGAGAGGGAGGCCCUGAUGCUGAAGCAUUUGCAGGAAGCCCUGGGAUUGCCUGCAGGGAGGGAGGAAGAGAAUCCUGUUGGAAGCCCUGAAGGUGAAGGGAUCAGAGACACCGAAGACGACCAGGGGGAGGAAGAGGAGGAAGUAACAACAACCCCCUUCUCCAGCCCCAGCCCCUCUCCCACUCCUGAGGACACCGUAACUUAUAUCUUGGGCCGCCUGGCUGGCCUGGACGCAGGCCUGCACCAGCUGCAUGUCCGUCUGCACGCCUUGGACACUCGUGUGGUGGAGCUGACCCGGGGGCUGCGGCAGCUGCGGGAGGCGGCUGGCGACACCCGCGAUGCCGUGCAAGCCCUGCAGGAGGCGCAGCGCAGCGCCGAGCGGGAGCACGGCCGUUUGGAGGGCUGCCUAAAGGGGCUGCGCCUUGGCCACAAGUGUUUCCUGCUCUCGCGUGACUUCGAGGCGCAGGCUUCAGCGCAGGCGCGAUGCACGGCGCGGGGAGGGAGCCUGGCGCAGCCGGCAGACCGCCAGCAGAUGGAAGCGCUCGCUCGCUACCUGCGCGCGGCGCUCGCUCCCUACAACUGGCCGGUGUGGUUGGGCGUGCACGACCGGCGUGCCGAGGGCCUCUACCUCUUCGAAAACGGCCAGCGCGUGUCCUUCUUCGCCUGGCACCGCGCGCCCCGCCCCGAGCCAGGCGCCCGGUCCAGCGCUACGCCGCACCCGCUCAGCCCCGACCAGCCCAACGGCGGGGCGCUCGAGAACUGCGUGGCGCAGGCUUCGGAUGACGGCUCCUGGUGGGACCACGACUGUGAGCGGCGCCUUUACUACGUCUGCGAGUUCCCCUUCUAGAUGGGCCGGUCCCAGCCUCUCCCACCACCCUCCGAGAACACCCUUUCCUCCGAGUCCGUGGAUGGACGUGUGUCCCCCACCCUCCGUCUGGGCACUCCUGGGAGGGCUCCUCUGGGGCCGGAAUCCCUCCGUGGCCAUGUGGUUCCUUGAAGCGGCGGGCACUAGGCUAGGUCCGGUGCUAAUAAAGCCUUGUGGAAUCUGACUUGA